CCAACGUCCGCGUCUGCUUUUCUGCAAGUCCUCUGCCCGUCACGUUUCGUUAUUAAUAUUAACUGCUGUUUUAUUAAUUAUAUAUAAGCGAGUACUCGUAAUUUUGAAGCGCGUUGACCAAUCACAGGAGACGUAAAUCCUGACGUCCUGUAUCCUAGGAGAUUUUCCCCUUUGCCUUUAAGCCGUGGCCUCUGAUGCUCUGCGCAGAGGGGGCUUAGUGGAGCAGCUCGGACGAAAAUGAGUUAGACACGAAGCUCGAACAAAUUAUGACAGUGGAGUUGGUUUAUUUUGCCCGUUCUGUGUAAAUAUAGAUUCAAAUGUAUUGUUUUAUCCGAGCAUAUGACUGUGGAUGGCGGUUUAUACAGACUCCGCAGCACUGAGGAUGACUAAUGUGAUGAAGAAGACCUGCUGUCACUUCUCAUAUGAAUGCUUAAGUGUGAUCUGAAGAGGAAUUACACUUUUUUUCACAUCUCUAUUUUGGCGUUUUAAGUUUAUUAGACUGAUAUUCAAUGCAAUUUGGGGCAGUAGGGAUUCUGGGUGCACAUUUUAUACAAUAACACUUGUUUUGAUUUUUGAAUGUUUUACACCCAUGAGCUGUACAGGAAAUCAGAUUUUUUUUUCUCUCUCGUUUAAGUAGACAGAUCGAGAUUUUAUCUGUUGUAAAUUGUGGGUUGAAGUCAUUCGAGCUUCAGAGUUGGACUGUCCAGACGCCUUAAACAUGUAUGCAGGACGAAAAAGAAGAAAACCAGUGCAAAGAACGGUGAAGCAGGCUCCAGCUGAAGGGGUGAAGUCUAACCCGUCCAAACGUCAUCGAGAUCGGUUAAAUUCCGAGUUGGACCGGUUGGCCAGUCUCCUUCCGUUUCCAGAGGAUGUCACGAGCAGCCUGGACAAACUCUCCAUCCUGCGGCUGAGUGUCAGUUAUCUACGUGCUAAGAACUUCUUCUCUGUCGCUCUGAAAAACCACAGCUGCAAUGGUUUGUCAGCAAGCAACAGUAACCAUGACAACAGUAAAGCAACGGGAUUGGUUGAUGGCUGGCUGCAUGAAGGAGAGCUCCUACUACAGGCUCUUAAUGGCUUUGUGUUGGUGGUCACUGCGGAGGGGAUCAUUUUCUACUGUUCUCACACCAUCCAGGAUUACUUGGGAUUCCACCAGACAGAUGUGAUGCAUCAAAAUCUGUUUGAACUCAUUCAUACUGAAGACCAGCAGGCCUUCAGACGCAACUUACACUGGGCCUUGAACCCGCCUCCAACCAGCACGCAGACAGAAGAAUCACCACAAGAUGGAGAUUCUGCCCCAAGUAUGUCGCUGGUGACAUGCAACCCUGACCAACUGCCUCCUGAAAACUCCUCUUUCCUGGAGAGAAAUUUCGUCUGUCGUUUCCGAUGCCUCCUAGACAAUUCUUCGGGAUUCCUGGCCCUGAAUCUUCAAGGACGUCUGAAAUUCCUGCAUGGACAGAACAAGCGUUUGGAUGACGGAGGCCAAAUGCCACCCCAGCUUGCCCUGUUUGCCAUAGCGACACCCCUACAGCCUCCUUCCAUAAUGGAGAUCCGAACCAAGAACAUGAUUUUCAGAACCAAACACAAGUUGGACUUCACCCCAAUGGCCUGUGAUGCUAAGGGUAAAAUCGUUCUUGGCUACACCGAGGCAGAGCUGCGAGUUCGUGGUUCAGGGUACCAGUUCAUCCAUGCAGCUGAUAUGCUCUAUUGUGCUGAGAACCAUGUCAGGAUGAUCAAGACUGGAGAAAGCGGCCUGACUGUUUUUAGACUGCUUACAAAGGACAACCGCUGGAAAUGGGUACAAGCUAACGCUAGACUUGUCCACAAAAACGGCAAGCCUGACUACAUCAUUGCCACCCAGAGGCCUCUUGUAGAAGAAGAGGGUGGAGAGCAUUUGAGGAAGCGAUCUAUGCAUCUUCCGUUCACCUUUGCUACUGGAGAAGCUCUGCUGUACCAAAUCAGCUACCCCAUGCCAGGUUUCCCCGACACCCUUCAGGGCAAAGGCAAGAACAACAAAACCAAAAAGAACAAGGUGGGCAAAAGUUCAAAGGAUGAUCUGGACCCAAGUUCUUUGCUGGGAGCCAUGAUGAGACAGGACGAGUCUGUUUAUGUUUGCCAGCCUGCUAUGGAGCCUAGAAUGUCAUUCCACAGUAGCCUCUUCAGUGAGCAAGGAGAGACUGGCACUUUCUCUUCUUCGGCGGAAAAUGAAAGUUGGAGUCCAGCGCAGAAUGGUGUAACUGCAGUCUCCAAACAGGAACCAUCAAGUUUUGACCCACUACUGGCAACAUUAGACUCUCUGUCCCUAGAAAAUGAGGAAAGCUGUUCCAACAGUGAGCUAUUCAGUGCCCUGGAAAACCUGGGACUCAUCGCAGAGGACCUAGAGCUGCUGCUUCUGGAUGAGAGGAUGAUCCAGGUAGAGAUGGAUCCAGAUUACAUCCCAUCUCUGAAUGAUCUUCUCACCAACAACGAAAUCCUCUCCUACGUCCAAGACUCACUGGAGAACCGGAUCAAGGACUCAACAGAUGCUCAAAACUCUGCCACGGCAUUAGAUUCUGUUGAACCCCCUAAGCCAUGUUCUGCUUCCGAUUCCGCUUCUCAAAUUACUUCCUCCAUGACUGCUUCUUACGUACCUUUCUGGCCACAAAAACAGAUAACACCCAUAGUUCAUCUCUCACAGCGUAUGCAGCAACAUCUCAAUGGCAAGUCGGUUUGCCACAAAACCGAGAGCUGGAUCCAGGCACCAAAACCACAGGUGUCUACAGCAGACACUGAGACAACUACGUUUACCCAGCAUGAUACUUUGUUGGUGAACUCGGUACCAGCUGUACACAAUGGACACUGGGUUCCUGAACACACACAAGCCAACUUGAACUCUCAACUUGGUGACGAGAUAACAGGAACUAGUAAAUCACAAUCACAUCAAUGGCAGCACAACCAGUUGCUUAACCCAUUCCAGUAUAAACAGAAAACAGCUGUGGGUAGUGAUACCCCUCCGAACGGGGUCUACAAUGAUCCGCAGUGGAAUGGAUAUGACUUCACAGACCAGUUGGACACAAAUAGACCUUAUUUUCCCAAUGGCCAAAUGGCACACACACAAACACUGGGUACACAUGUUGAUUACAAUAUGACUGACAAUUCAGGGGUGGAGUUUACAAUGAACAUCUGUACUGCUGGGGAUGUAGGCCAGUUUCAGGGAGCCAUGGCCUCAUCUUCAUCCUAUCAGCAGGGUUAUCAGAAACAGCAGCAGCAGCAGCCAAAGGUCGCACCCACUUAUUACGCCUCCUAUACCAAACAGAACUCCUCUCUGGAGCAUAUCCUGGGAUUAGCCCCACCUUCAAACCUUCCCUCGCUGAGAGAUUAUGGCUCUGAACUGACCCAUGACGCCACCCACAGUAAGGUAAGAAUUAAGGAAGGAUACAGUUGCGCAAUGUGAUUUAACCAAGUUGGACAAGCUCCUGGAUCAACAUCCCAAACAAACAUAUAACAGCCAAACCUUAUCCACAACCCCAAGUUCACCCUCAACUCCUGAUCUCAAAUAGGAAAUUAUUGUGGAUGAAAAUGUUGUCAAGCCCCUAAUCCUAAAAACUGAUUGGUUGAAACGAAUGUUGUCCUAGAACCAUCAAGGAUGGAUAAGGGAAAACCAAAGGUAUUGCAGUAACCCAGGAGUGUCCAAUCCUACUCUUGGAGGGCCACCUUCCAGCAACGUUUAGCUCUUGUCUUAACUAAACACACCUGAACCAGCUAAUAAAUGUCUUGAGGAUCACUAUAAAUUUCCAUGCAGAUGUGUUGGAGCUCAACUCUGCAUGAAAGUGGCCCUCCGGGAGCAGGAUUGGACAUCCCGUUUUUUUAUUUACAUUGUCAAGGUGGUAUAGAUUGCUGGCUUAGAAAUAUUGUGCACUAGAAAUUGUAUCAAAUUGUUUUUAACAUUUCACAUAAUGAUAGAUACCCUUUUGACCACCCUUCACUACGUUCGAUUUUAUGUCUACAUGCUCUUUAAACAGCUCGGAUUGUCUAGUAUUGUAGUUUAAAAGAUAUUCUGGACUCCAAACCAUGAAACGCCCCA